AUGCGAUGGUUUCGUGAAAGUCAAACAAAUCCACAAAUUCUCAUUGCUAAUAUUUACUGUAGCGGUGUGGCAAUAGACAAAGAUGGAUCUCUUUAUGUUUCUGAUUGGAUAAAGUCUGAAGUGAGACGAUGGAAAGAAGGAGACACCGAUGGAACACUAGUUGCCGGUGGUAAUGGCAAAGGAAAUCGUCCAAAUCAGUUUUAUAAUCCUCUCAGCCUCUUCGUCGAUGAAGAUUAUUCUGUUUAUGUAGCGGAUGCUAUGAAUCAUCGUGUAAUGAAAUGGAGAAAAGAUGCAAAAGAAGGAAUUAUUGUUGCUGGUGAAAAUGGACCAGGAAAUGCUCUCGGCCAAUUAGAUUAUCUUAGUGGACUGGUUGUUGAUAAUUUGGGUCAAAUAAUUAUUGCAGACUAUGAAAAUCAUCGAGUAAUGCAAUGGUUCGAGGGAGAUACAAAAGGUUCAAUUGUUGUUGGUGGAAAUGGUCAAGGAGGAGAGCCAAAUCAAUUAUAUAAUCCCGGUGGUGUGUCAUUUGACGUUGAAGGGAAUCUUUAUGUUGUUGAUUCUUAUAACCAUCGAAUUCAAGAAUAUGAAUUACUUACUAUAUAA